CAAACUCCCGGACUCCCCGGGACAACUUCAAUUUGCUUUUAUCGGAUGAAGAUCACUUCAGCGCCGCUGUGUACCUCUUACUUGCUUUCAAAAAGAAAACCAGAAGGGGGCUACGCUGCAGUGGGAAGAGAUUUCUGGAGGUCUCGUGUUCCUCCUCUGGGGCUCACACCACAAGUUCCCCUUCCUUCUCCGCCGUCUCUCGGACGCAUUCUGCCUUUUGAAGGGGCACCUACAUUCCCCCAGCAUCUCGAAUCAUAUUGACAAAUGGAGCAAACCUAUGGUGAGGUGAACCAGUUGGGCGGCGUGUUCGUCAAUGGACGACCCCUGCCCAACGCCAUACGGUUGAGAAUCGUGGAGCUGGCUCAGCUCGGGAUCAGGCCCUGCGACAUCAGCAGGCAGCUCCGAGUCUCGCACGGCUGCGUGAGCAAGAUUUUGGCGAGAUACAACGAGACGGGCUCCAUCUUGCCCGGUGCCAUCGGCGGGAGCAAACCGCGGGUCACGACGCCUAACGUGGUGAAGAAUAUCAGGGAAUACAAACAAAGCGACCCCGGGAUCUUUGCGUGGGAGAUCCGGGACAGGCUUUUGGCGGACGGAGUUUGUGACAAGUACAAUGUCCCGUCGGUGAGUUCGAUCAGCAGGAUUUUACGCAACAAGAUUGGGAAUCUCUCACAGCCCAACCAGUACGAGGGCGGCAAGCAAGCGUCCGCGCAGGCUGGCCUCUCGUACAACCACAUCUACCCCUAUUCCUACCCCAACACCAUGUCGCCAAAGAUGAGCGGCCCUGCUGGAGUACCGGUGACGGCCGGGCAUAUGAGCUUAUCGAGGGCCUGGCCUUCUGCGCACACCGUCAGCAACAUCCUCGGCAUACGAGCCUUCAUGGAUUCCACAGCCAUGGCUGGGGCGGAGGGAUAUCCACCGAAAAUGGAGGAGUGGAACAGAGCAGCUUUCCCAGCAGCUCACACGGUCAACGGGAUCGACAAAUCCGCCAUUGACGCCGACAUAAAAUACGCUCAGCCUUCCUCCGCGUUGUCCGGUUACGUGUCGGCGUGUGCCUACUCUCCCACCAACCAGUACGGGGUGUACAGCGGGUCGACUGGCGGCUAUGUGGCCGCCGGACACCACCACUGGCAGCAGCAGAGCCAGGCCCUGUCCCACCCGGGCGGCGGGAUGGGCAUGCACGCGGGGGAGAUCCACUCAUCCAUGGCCUUCAAGCACCACCAUGCCCGAGAAGGAGACAGAAAGCCGUCCAGUCCGCUGAGCAAGCAGCAGCAGCAGCAGCAGCAGCAGCAACAACAACAACAGCAGCAGCAGCAGCAACAUGGAGACAUGAACAGUGUGCACGGACUAAGUCUCCCUACCUCAUCAUCAUAACUGGGACUUACACCACCUUAAUUACCAGACCCUUUUAAAUGAACUCAUUUCAACAAUCUCCAACAGUAAGUCUGAACUCUAUACCGCCCCCCCCCCCUCCCAAACCCCACCCCUGGGUGCUGUAACUCACAGUCAAACACAGGCCCAUUCACCUGCAUUAUGAAUACAGUAUAGUGUAGCUUUAUCGGCCUUCGUGGCCUUAUGAAUGUAAGCUUGCAUGGAUGUAUCGGUGUCUCCCCUCAUUGGUUGAUAGUUUUCUCUCCCUCCAUUGAAUUACUUCAUGUUUUCUAGACUCUAUAUUCUCUUUUGGAGAUUAAAAAAAAUUACACGUCUCGCCCUUUCAGUCUGUCAUCGAUGUUUUUUUAUAAAACCACGGGCUGUUCUGUAAGCCGCCAUUCUAUUUAACACGUGGCCAUGGUCUCAAUCCUACAGUGACAAAACGAUGUGAACAAAUAACUAAAUUGUGUAAAUGUAAAAUAUUUGCCAAAGCUUUAAUUAUAUAUUUUUAUAAUUCCAUUGUAAAUAUUAAAAAAUAAAAAUAAAGGCUUUCUUUAAAUGCCACAUGGUCUUGCAGCGCAUGUUAUUUCUGCUUAAUUCUGCAAAUGAAGCUGGUGUUAAAAUAUUUGUGUAGGUUUAAAGAUAUGGUUGUUUUCCGGUUUGGUUUCAACCAGCGAGGGCCUCAACCCCAAACCAUCCACUUUCAUGUCUGCACCAUAGACACAUAUACUCCAAUCCCCUCAAUACCCGCCAUUUAUCACAUUACAGCUGCCUUUCUUCUAAUUGGACAUGACUGAAAUAUAACAUUUAUCUGACGGGAGGUUCAGUCCUGACACUGGCGGAGACAUUUUGCUCUCCAUGUUGCUUUAAAUGGCCUAAAACCUAUUCGGGUCGCUCGUUAAUUUAAGCGAAUAAUCCACAUUUAGCCAGUCUCAUGUGGAUACGAUUUAAAUCUUGAUCGAAGAAAAUCAAACUGAUAAGUGGGAACCGUGAUCUUCUUUGCUCAGGUGUAACCUCCCCACACUUGCCCGGCGCUCCAUGCGCACAUGCCGGGUGCCUCCACAGAUGCUAUCUGACUCGUAAUUGAUACCUGUGUGCCAUGAUGGAAAUGUGAGGGCUGAUCGUGCAGGAGAGAGCAGCUGAAUCCACCCGUGCACUUUCAGCCUCGCGGAUAAUGUGUGUAGCCGUGUGGAGAUGGCAUCAGGCCUGAAAACAUUUUAUUCCGAUGGCAUCGUCCAAACGAAAAAUUCUCCAAAGUUCGAAUUUUCACGGAACUGUACUUCUUUUGUGAUCUCACCUUUCUUUUCCAUGACGAGUCUAUAUAUGACAAUUGUGUUAAAACGUUACCUCAAAUAUUAAAUACAGUUCCAUAGUUUUGUAGGAUGCACAUGUUUUCAAAUAAUAUAUGAUCCUAUUAACGUUGUAUUAUUUUGUUUCUGUAGAAAAGGGACAAUUUU